AUGGCUAAUCUAACGGUGUUGGACUUAAGGAGGAACAAUUUCACAGGGAGUAUUCCACCAUUAUGUGCGCAGAGCACUUCAUUGAGAACCAUUGUCCUGAAUGAAAUCCUUGAUGUGGGGAAGAACACUAUAGAUGACACAUUUCCAGCUUGGCUAGGAACUCUUGAAGAGCUAGCUGCAGGUCCUUAUAUUAAAGUCGAACAAGUUCCAUGGGUCUAUAAAAGUGGAUGCUUUUCUUCUUCCUUUGAUCAUCAACUUUGCUCUCACACUGAAGCUUCUGCUUUGCUUCAGUUUAAGCAAUCUUUUGGAGUUAAUUCUGACUACUCCGACUGUUUUACUUCUUUCCCAAAAACAAAGUCUUGGAAUGAGAGUAGGGAUUGCUGCACUUGGGAUGGAGUCACUUGUGACAGGUUAAACGGUCAUGUUAUCGACCUGGACCUUAGUUGCAGUCAACUUGGUGGAAGUAUUCAUCCCAACAGCAGCCUCUUCCAACUUCAUCAUCUCCACACACUAAACCUUGCUUACAAUUACUUCAAUUAUUCUUCAAUCCCACGUAACAUUGGCCAAUUGACAAAUUUGAGGCAUCUCAACCUUUCUGAUGCUUGGUUUGAAGGGAAAAUCCCAACAGAAAUCUCAUACCUUUCCAAUUUGGUUUCACUUGAUCUUUCUGUUUAUGGAUUACAACUUGAUGAGAGAACAUUUGAAACAUUAAUGCUUCAAAACUUCACAAAUCUGGAGGUACUUUCUCUCUAUCUUGUCAACAUCUCAUCUCCGUUACCUGUGAACAUUUCUUCCUCCUUAAGGUACGUGGAUCUUACAGAUACUAAUCUGCGAGGUGUUCUCACAGAGAGCUUUUUCCUUGUGACAAACUUGGAAAGACUCAAAUUGAGAGGGAAUGAUCUUGUCAAAGGAGUUUUUCCAAAGAUCCACCGGAGCAACACUCUGUUAAUGGAGUUGGAUAUUUCAUACACAGGUAUCUCUGGUGAGCUGCCUCAUUCAAUUGGCACCUUGAAAUCCUUGAAUAUCUUGAACCUCGAAGGAUGUCAAUUCACUGGUUCCAUUCCCGAUUCCAUUGGCAACCUAACACAAAUUACGGAGUUGAUUUUAUCUCUUAAUCAUUUCACUGGCCAUAUUCCUUCCACAAUCUCUAAAUUGAAGCACCUCACAAUUUUACAUCUUUCGUCCAACUCCUUUUCAGGUGAAAUUCCCUAUGUUUUCUCUAACCUCCAAGAGCUACGCUUUUUAGAUCUUUUUAAUAACAGCUUCAUCGGUUCGUUUCCCUCUUCAAUUUCAAACUUGACACAUCUUCAACGGUUAGACUUGUCGAGUAAUUCCUUAUCUGGCCCACUUCCUAAUAAUGCGAGCAAUCUUCAAAAGCUAACCCAACUGGAUUUGUAUGACAACUUACUGAAUGGUACCAUACCAUGUUGGUUGUUUAGCCUCCAUUUGCUAAGACCUUUUUUGUCUCUCAGUAAAAAUCAAUUUAGUGGACUACCCGAUGAGCUCAAAACAAAUCCAGCAUUAAUAAAACUGGAUUUAAGCAAUAAUCAACUCAGUGGUUCUGUUCCUCAAUCACUUGUGAAUCUCACAUACCUUUAUACCCUUGACCUUUCAUCAAAUAACAUCACCGGUCCAUUUCCCGCUUCAAUUUUAAGUUUGACACAUCUUGAAUACUUAGACUUGUCGAGUAAUUCCCUAUCUGACCCACUGCCUAGCAAUGCAAGCAUGCUUCAAGAGCUAUUUUUUGUGGAUUUGUCUUACAAUUCGCUGAAUGGCAUCUCUGGUGAGCUGCCUCAUUCAAUUGGCACCUUGAAAUCCUUGAAUAUCUUGAACCUCGAAGGAUGUCAAUUCACUGGUUCCAUUCCCGAUUCCAUUGGCAACCUAACACAAAUUACGGAGUUGAUUUUAUCUCUUAAUCAUUUCACUGGCCAUAUUCCUUCCACAAUCUCUAAAUUGAAGCACCUCACAAUUUUACAUCUUUCGUCCAACUCCUUUUCAGGUGAAAUUCCCUAUGUUUUCUCUAACCUCCAAGAGCUACGCUUUUUAGAUCUUUUUAAUAACAGCUUCAUCGGUUCGUUUCCCUCUUCAAUUUCAAACUUGACACAUCUUCAACGGUUAGACUUGUCGAGUAAUUCCUUAUCUGGCCCACUUCCUAAUAAUGCGAGCAAUCUUCAAAAGCUAACCCAACUGGAUUUGUAUGACAACUUACUGAAUGGUACCAUACCAUGUUGGUUGUUUAGCCUCCAUUUGCUAAGACCUUUUUUGUCUCUCAGUAAAAAUCAAUUUAGUGGACUACCCGAUGAGCUCAAAACAAAUCGAGCAUUAAUAAAACUGGAUUUAAGCAAUAAUCAACUCAGUGGUUCUGUUCCUCAGUCACUUGUGAAUCUCACAUACCUUUAUACCCUUGACCUUUCAUCAAAUAACAUCACCGGUCCAUUUCCCGCUUCAAUUUUAAGUUUGACACAUCUUGAAUACUUAGACUUGUCGAGUAAUUCCCUAUCUGGCCCACUGCCUAGCAAUGCAAGCAUGCUUCAAGAGCUAUUUUUUGUGGAUUUGUCUUACAAUUCGCUGAAUGGUACCAUACCAUCUUGGAACCUCCCUUUGCUAUCUUUGUUGUGGCUCAAUCAUAAUCAACUCAGUGGUUCUUUUCCUCAAUCACUAGUGAUUCUCACAAACCUUUCUACCCUUGACCUUUCAUCAAAUAACAUCACCAUUGAUGAGGGAAUAAAUAUCACCUUUCCUAGUCUAGAAGUUUUGAAGUUAUCAUCUUGUGAACUGAAGGAUUUUCCACACUUCUUGAGAAAUGUAAAGACACUUCAGGUCGUGGAUAUUUCUAACAAUAAGAUCCCUAACUGGUUUAGCGGCAUGAGGUCGGACUCGUUGCAGUAUCUUGAUAUGAAAUUUAACUCCCUUCAGGGUCCACUACCUUUAUCCAUUUGUAACAUGAGCAAACUUACCUUAUUAGAUUUAUCACACAACUACUUCAGUGACUCAGUUCCACAUUGCUUGGGAAGCAUGGCUUUUCUAACGGUGCUGGACUUAAGAAAGAACAAUUUCACAGGGAGUCUUCCUCCAUUAUGUGCACACAGCACUUCAUUGAGUACCAUUGUCGUAAAUGGUAAUCGAUUUGAAGGACCUGUACCUGUGUCGUUGCUCAAGUGUAAUGGUCUAGAAGUCCUUGAUGUGGGGAACAAUGCUAUAAAUGACACUUUUCCUGCUUGGCUCGGAACUCUUCAAGAGCUGCAGGUCCUUAUAUUAAAGUUGAACAAGUUCCAUGGACCUAUAAGUACUUGUCAGACUAAGUUUUGCUUUCCCAAGUUGCGAAUUUUUGAUCUUUCUCGUAAUGAUUUUAGUGGCUCACUUCCUGCAAAAGUUUUUGGAAGCUUCAAGGCAAUGAUUAAAUUAGAUGGUGAAGACACAGGAAGGAUCAAGUACAUGGAACCAUCUGAGAAGUCAUUCUACAUAUCGUAUGAGGAUUCAGUGAGUUUGGUAAUCAAAGGGCACGAUAUUGAGCUACAAAGAAUCAGCACAAUUAUGACAACCAUAGAUCUCUCAAGCAACCAUUUUGAAGGUGUCAUUCCAAAAACACUAAAGGAUCUCAGCUCACUUUGGCUACUCAAUUUAUCCCAUAACAAUCUCAUAGGUGGUAUUCCAAUGCAAUUGGGGAAAUUGAAUACACUUGAAGCUUUAGAUCUCUCUUGGAAUCGGCUCACUGGAAAGAUUCCACGGGAAUUGAAAAGAAUGAACUUUCUGGCCUUCUUAAACGUCUCUCAAAAUCAUCUCGUCGAACCGAUUCCUCAUGGUCUACAGUUCAACACAUUUGAAAAUGAUUUGUAUGGCGGCAACCUUGAUUUAUGUGGUCCUCCUUUAUCAAAACAAUGUGGAACGAGUGAUUCAUCACAUGUUCCUCAACCAUUGGAGUCCGAAGAUGAAGGCGAGUCAUAUUUUUUUAGUGGAUUUACGUGGGAAUCAGUAGUCAUAGGCUACAGUUUUGGACUAGUUGUUGGAACUGUCAUGUGGAGUCUCAUGUUUAAAUAUCGUAAGCCAAAAUGGUUUGUGGAAAUUUUUGAUGGACUCAUGCCUCACAAGAGAAGAAGGCCAAAGAAGAGAGCUCAGAGACGACGGACUUAA